AUGUUACGUCCUCGUCGAAGUGUUCGUAAUGGUGCUAUUGAAAAAAAAACAAGCAUUUCUUCAUCAACAUCAAAUCCUAUUCCAUCACCACCUUCUCCUCCUCAAAUUUCAAAUUUAGAAGAACCAGAACAACCACUUCGUUUACUUGAACCACGAGAAUGUGUUGGACGAUCAAUUCAAAUUGGUUUAAAUGAAGAAAUUGAACUUUUAUUUAAAAAUCCACCAUCAUCUGAUCGAUUAUCACCAAUUCCUUCCGAACUUAAAACACAAAAAACAGAUAUUAUUUCAAAUGAUACAAAUUUAACUGAUGAUCCACCUAAAUUUCAACGUACUGAAACAUUUAUAAGAUAUAUUGAACCAACACAAAGUGAACUUGAUGAAAUGAUUGAAUAUGAAAUGGAUGAAAUGGAUCUUACAUGGUUGAAACAAGUUAAUCAAGAACGUUCUAAACGUAAUUUACGUCCAGUUAAAGAAGAAGAAUUUGAAUUAUUAAUUGAUCGAUUAGAAAAAGAAUCUCAUUUUCAAGCACUUGUCAAUGGUGAUGACUUAGGACAAUCUAUUGAUGAAGAUGCUCUAUGUGUUAUAUGUUUGGAUGGAGAAUGUUCUAAUUGUAAUGCUAUUCUUUUCUGUGACAUGUGUAAUAUGGCUGUUCAUCAAGAAUGUUAUGGAGUACCUUAUGUACCUGAAGGUCAAUGGUUAUGUCGUCGUUGUUUUCUUUCACCAUCAAAAUCAGUUCAAUGUGUUUUAUGUCCAAAUCGUUUUGGUGCUUUUAAACAAGUUGAUGAUGGUGAACGUUGGGCACAUGUUGUUUGUGCUAUUUGGAUACCAGAAGUUCAUUUUGCUAAUACAGUAUUUCUUGAACCAAUAUGUAAUAUUAAUCAAAUUCCUACUGCACGUUGGCGUUUUACAUGUUAUAUAUGUAAACAAAAAAAUGUUGGCGCAUGUAUUCAAUGUGCUAUACGUUCAUGUUGUACAUCAUUUCAUGUAACAUGUGCUCAACAAGCUGGUCUUUAUAUGGAAAUAGAUGAAAAUGAUGAAAAUGAAUCAAUUGCUAAUGAUGAUGUAUCAAAUAGUGCAUUAACAAAUAAAUAUAAAAAACCACCACCAAAAGGUACAACACGUUCACCACCACCUAUACGACGACGUGCUUAUUGUCAUCAACAUACACCAUUAGAAGUUGUUCGAUCGAAAACAAAAGGCCGAACAAAAAAAGAUGAAAAUGAAGAAGAAGCAUUAGAACGUAUACAAAAAGAACGUAUGAAAACAGCACGAAAAAUAUUAGCUGAAAGACGUAAAUGUGAUCGAUCUGUAUCAGUACCAGUCGUACCGAAAGAAAAAAUGGAAAGUGUUUUAAAUAAAGUAACUUUUUCUGAUCGUGAUAAUUUUUUUAAACGUAUUCAAGCAUAUUGGACAUUAAAACGUAUGUCAAGAAGUGGUGUACCAUUAUUAAAACGUCUUCAAAAUCAACGAUCAACAAAGAAAAAAUCAAAUAAUACACAAGAAUAUACUGAUAAACAAUUAUCUCAACAAAUGGUUCAAUGGCGUCGUCUUCGACAAGAUCUUGAACGAACAAGACUUCUUGUUGAAUUAAUACGUAAACGUGAAAAAUUAAAACGUGAUUUAUGCAAUUUCAUUGGAACUAAAAUGUGA